CUGAGUCACCUCACCCACCCACAAGUCUCCUUGAGGAACUAGAGCUCAACAUAUAAAGAGACCUACUUUUUUUUUUUUCUUAACUUCUGAGAAGCCACCAGACUGGGUGAGAAGGCAAGGCUUUUCAUCUUGGUGGUCUUAUUCACCAAAAGGAAGUGCCUGCCAGAAGAAGUGCAAGAGUGGGAGUGAGAGAAAGAAGAAGGGCUGGAAGACGAAGGGGUUUGUUCUUGCUGACAGGCUCCACCAUGGGUGACAAGUGUGAAGAGAAAAUGUACCUACUGCUGCUCAUCUCCUUCCUCUUCUGGCAUCCAGGUUGCUCCACCAUGUGGGGUCCAAAAGUAAUAAGUGGUCCGGAGGGAAGUUCAUUGACUGUGACAUGUCAUUAUGACCCAGGAUGGGAGACCUACUACAAGUGGUGGUGUCAAGGAGCUGAUUGGGGUAGCUGUAAAAUCCUUGUUAAAACCACUGGAACAGAGCAGGAGGUGAAGAAAGGCCGUGUGUCCAUCAGGGACAAUCAUACAGAACACAUAUUCACUAUUACUAUAAAGAAGCUCAGGGAAGAUGAUGAAGAUUUCUACUGGUGUGGGAUUGAGCGAUUUUUAACUGACCUUGGAGUCCAGGUGAAAGUGUCACUUGACCCAGACCCAGAAUUUGAUCCCAUAAACUUGAAGGUUGAAAAUCAAAAAGGGAAGCCAACUGCUGUCGUUGUGAGCUGCCAGCCUCCCCUGGGAACCAAUGGAAAUAUUACCGACCUGACCUCUGUUCCCAUGAAUCUGGCAAACAUUUCUGAAGGAGAUCAUUUACGUGCUAUCAUUCUGAGCUGCCAGCCUACCCUGACAAUCAACGGGGAAAUAACUGACCCACGCUCUGCUAACAUGGAUUUAAAAAGCAUUAAUCUGGAAGGAGAGCAGCGUAUUGCCUUUGGGAGCUGCCAGCUGCCCCUGGAAACCAAUGAGAAAAUUACUGACCGGAACUCUCUUUCCAUGUAUUUGACAGUCAUCUCUCGAAAAGAGAAGCCACGUGCUGUCGUUGUGAGCUGCAAGCCUCCCCUGGAAGCCAAUUGGAAAAUUUUCGCCCCAACCUGUGCUCCCAAGAAUUUCACACUCGUUUAUCAAGAAUCAGAGCCUCAUUCCCUCACUGUGAACUGCCAACGUCCCAUGAAAGUCAAUGAGGAAAUUACAGUCUUUACUCGUACUCCAGAAGUUAGUAUGCGUUCUGCCCUUGUGACCAGCCAGCCUACCCUGGAAGCCAAAGAGGAAACUACUGAGUACGACAGUAAGAAGACCCAGAGUUCGGUGAACAUUUGGAGGAAUGGGGGCAGAGCCCAGGCUUGGAAACAGUUGAAUGAUAUAUGGAACCAUGGAACCAAAAAGGACAUUGUACAAAGGACUACCCGACUACUUCAGAAGGUGAUAGUGAACACAUGGAAUGAUAUUUUUGAUUCUCCAAGAAAGCAUGAAAAUCCUGAGAUUGGUAUAGCCUAUGAAACCGAUAGAUGCAAUGAGACAAGCAAGAGAAUAAUUUUGGAAGCUGAAAAUAACACAAUGGAUAUUGACUGUGCCCAUGCUUUCAAAGAAACCACAAGAGGUCAGAAGGAUGUUGCAUUGAUAGUCUACCAAACUCUUGGGGAUAUUGUCAAUGGAUCCUUUUUUAGUGGCAGGAAAAGACUGCAGGAUGUGAAACUGAACUCUCUUGUCGUGAGUGGCACCAAUGAUUCGGAGAGAAGAAUUUACCUGUCCAAACCUGUGUUCCUGACCUUGAAACAUACUCAGCCUGUUGGUGCAAGAACAAAACUUUUGUGUGCUUCCUGGGAAGGAUCCAAGAAGGGGGGCAGCUGGUCAACGGAGGGCUGCUCUCAUAUGGGAAGCAACAAUUCUCACACCAAAUGCCAGUGCUUCCAUCUGCCAAGCUUUGCUGUCCUCAUGGCUGUUAUAUCCAAGGCAGAUCCAGUGCUGGCUGUGAUCACCAGCAUGGGGCUGAGCCUCUCUCUGUUGUGCCUCCUCCUGGCAGCCCUCACCUUCCUUCUGUGCCGGCCCAUCCAGAACACCAGCACCUCGCUCCACCUGCAGCUCUCACUCUGCCUCUUCCUGGCCCACCUGCUAUUCCUAGUGGGGAUUGAUAAAACUGAGCCUGAGCUGCUGUGCUCUGUCAUCGCUGGGGCGCUGCACUACCUCUACCUGGCCUCCUUCACCUGGAUGCUCCUGGAAGGCCUGCACCUCUUCCUCACUGUCAGGAACCUCAAGGUGGCCAACUACACCAGCCCAGGCAGAUUCAAGAAGAGGUUCAUGUACUCCUUUGGCUACGGGAUCCCAGCUGUGAUCGUGGCUGUGUCUGCAUGCAUUGGACACAAAAAUUACGGGACAGAUACUCAUUGCUGGCUGAAGCUUGAUAAAGUCUUUGUCUGGAGCUUCAUGGGGCCGGUGGCUUUCAUUAUCUUGAUAAACUUGGUGUUUUACUUCAUAAUUCUUUGGAUUUUGAAAACCAAACUUUCUUCCCUGAAUAAUGAACUUUCCACCAUUCAGGACACCAGAGUCAUGACAUUUAAAGCCAUUGCUCAACUAUUUAUUCUGGGCAGUUCUUGGAGCCUUGGUUUUUUUAUGGUUGAAGCAGUGGGGGAGACAGCUGGAUUAGUCAUUGCCUACAUGUUCACCAUCAUCAAUGUUCUGCAAGGAGUUUUGCUCUUCGUGUUGCACUGUCUCCUUAAUCGCCAGGUGCGAAUGGAAUACAAGAAGUGGUUUCGUAGGAUUCAGAAAGGGGUUGAAAUGGAAAGCACUGAGCUGUCUCACUCUACUGCCCACACCAAAACGGUUCUGGCCACCCAGGUCUCAGUGCUAUGGCCAGCAGGUACCUGCUCCUCGUCUCAGGUCUCAGCAUCCUGCUGGCUCUGUCAGGUGGUAAGUCUACUUACGGCCAAAGGCCGAGGGGGAAUCUGGAGCCUUCCUCCAGAAGGUAAAUUAACGGUCUUUCGUCCUAUCGAUGUUAAGUUCAAUCACUCAAGCAAUAAAACUUUCCUCCGUUGUCUGUAUUUUUCAAGAAAAUGUUUUUUAUGGGUCAGAACAACGCAGAUCUCAUCCUUAGUUUCCCUUGUUAUUUAGUGUUUACAGACAGUGACUCAGUGAAUUUCUUCCAAGCAUUUCACAAAUGCCAAUUUGCUCCAUUAUUCUCUCCAUUAUGUUAGUGCCAUGUCUCAUCCCAAUUGUAGAAAUGAAGGAAGACAGCAAAGAACUGAAGUCAAUAGGAAGAGUCACAGUCAAUUAAUUUUUUUCAUGAAAAAAGUCAAAUGUUACAUUAAGCCACUCAGACAGAUAAAUAUCACCAAAAACAACAAAAACCUGAUUUUUUAGUAAGAGGUGGGGGAGGCCGGAAUCAAAUCCAAGCCUGGUCAGGACAUGCAGCUAGAACCCACUACACCUUUCUUUUGAAUGAACACAAAUAUAGAUUUCUUCCAGUUGAUUGGCCAAAUUUCUUGGCAUAAACAAGUCAGUACCUCUAGCGCAGCAUCUGUUUGUUGAAACACCUCAGCUGGUAUCUCAUCAGUUCCUGGAGCCUUGUUUUUCACCAAGGCCUUCAGUGCAGCUUGGACUUCUUCCUACAACACCAUCAGUACUUGAUCCUAUGCUACCUCCUGAAAUGGUUGAACGUGACAAAUUAUUUUUGGUACGCUGACUCCGUGUAUUCCUAUUGUCUUCUUUUGAUGCUUCCUGUGUCAUUUAAUAUUUUCCCUUUAGAAUCCUUCAAUAUUGUAACUUGAGGCUUGAAUUUUUUCUUCAAUUCCUUCAGCUUGAGAAGUGUUGAGUGUGUUCUUCCCUUUUGGUUUUCUAACUCCAGGUCUUGGCACAUGUUGUUAUAAUACGUUACUUGGUCUUCUUGAGCCAAGCUUUGAAAUCUUCAAUUCAGGUCUUUUUCUUCACCAUUUCUUCCAUUUCCUUUAGCUACUUGACUUUCAAGAGCAAGUUUUAGAGUCUCUUCUGACAUUCAUUUUGGUCUUUUCUUUCUCACCUUUUUAAUGACCUCUUGCUUUCUUCAUGUAUGAUGUCCUUGAUGUCAUUUCACAACUUGUUGGUCUUCAGUCAUGAGUGUUCAGUGUAUCAAAACUAUUGUUGAGAUGGUCUCUAAAUUCAGGCGGAAUAUACUAAAGGUCAUAUUUUGGCUGUUGUGGACUUAUUCUAAUUUUCUUCAGCUUCAAUUUGAACUUGCAUGUGUGUAAUUGAUGGUUCAUUUGGCAAUCGUCCCCUGGCCUUGUUCUGACUGAUGAUAUUGAGCUUCUCCAUUGUGUCUUACCACAGAUGUAGUUGACUUGAUUCCUGCGUAUUCCAUUUGGAGAGGUCCACAUGUAUAGUUGCUGUUUAUGUUGUUGAAAAAGGUAUUUGCAAUGAAGACGUCACUGGUCUUGCAGAAGUCUAUCAUGCAAUCUCCAACACUGGUUCUAUCACCAAGGCCAUAUUUUCCAACUACUGUUCCUUCAUCUUUGUUUCCAACUUUUGCAUUCCCAUCACCAGUGAUUAUCAAUGAAUCCUGAUCGCAUGUUUGACCAAUUUUAGACUGCAGAGAUUGGUAAAAACCUUUAAUUCCCCCAUCUUUGGCCUCAGCGUUUGAUGCUUAUAUUUGAAUAAUAGUAGUAUUAACUGGUUGUAGUCAUAUGGAUAUUAUCCUAUCACUGACAGCAUCGUACUUCAGGAUAGAUCUUGGAAAUGUUCUUUUUGACGAUCAAUGAGAUGGCAUUCCUCUUCAAUUUGUCAUUCCUGGCAUAGUAGACCGUGUGAUUUUCUGAUUCCAAAUGGCCAAUACCAGUCCAUUUCUGAUCACUAAUGCCUAGGAUAUUGAUCUUUAUGCUUCCAUUUCAUUUUUGACAAUUUCCAGUUUUCCUAGUUUCGUACCUUAUACAUUUCACUUUCAGAUUAUUAAUGGAUGUUUGCAGCCGUAUCUUCUCAUUUUGAGUUGUCCCGAUAGCUUGACUCCAUCCACUCAUCAUUAAGGUCAGCUCUACUUUGAGGAGGCAGCUCUUCUCUAGUCGUAUUUUGAGUGCCUUCCAACCAAAUUGGCCUAUUUUCCAUCACUAUAUCAGACAAUGUUCCACUGCUAUUCAUACAGUUUUUGCUGGCUAAUCUUUCAGGAAGUAGACUGCCAGGUCCUUCUUCCUAGUCUGUCUUAGGAAGCUCCACUGGGAGCUCCCCUGAAACCUGCCUACCAUGGGUGACCCUGCUGGUAUUUGAAAUACCAGUGGCAUAGCUUCCAGCAUCACAGCAACAUGCAAGCCACCACAGUACGACAAAAUGACAGAUGAGUGGUAGAGAACUAUCAUAUGACCCAGCAAUUCCACUCCUAGCUAUAUACCCAAGAGAUUUGAAAGCAGUAACGAAAAUAGACAUAUGUAAACCAGUGUUCAGUGCAGCAGUCUUCCCAAUAGCCAAAAAGUGCAAACAGCCUAAAUAUUCAUCAACAGAUGAAUGAAUAAACAAAAUGUCAAAAACAAUGGAAUAUUGUUAGAUGCCAUCGAGUCAGUUCUCACUCAUAGUGACCCUAUGUACAACAGAACGAAACACUGCCCAGUCCUGUGCCAUCCUCACAAUCAUUGUUAUGUUUGAGCCCAGUAUAUGUCAGUCCAUCUCAUUGAGGGUCUUCCUCUGUUUUGCUGACCAUCUACUUUACCAAGCAUGAUGUCCUUCUCCAGGGACAGGUCCCUUUUGAUAACAUGUCCAAAGCACUUGAGAGGAAGUCUCACCAACCUUGCUUCCAAGAAGCACCUUGGUUGUACUUCUUCCAAGACAGAUUUUUUCUUUCUUUUGGCAGUCCAUGGUAUAUUCAAUAUUCUUCUCCAACACCGUAAUUCAAAGGCAUCAAUUCUUCUUAGAUCUUUCCUUAUUCAUUGCCCGGUUUUCCCAUGCAUACAAGGCGAUUGAAAACACCAUGGCUUAGAUCAGGUGCACCUUAGUCCUCAAAGUGACAUUUUUGCUUUUUAAUACUUAAGAGCUUUUCUUGCAUCAGAUUUGCCCAAUGCAAUGCAUCAUUUGAUUUCUCGACUGCUGCUUCCAUAGGCGUUGAUUGCGGAUCCAAGUAAAAUGAAAUCCUUGAAAACUUUAGUAUUUUCUCCAUUUAUCAUGAUGUUGCUUAUUGGUCCAGUUGUGAGGAUUUUUGUUUUCUUUACGUUGAAGUGUAAUCCAUACUGAAGGCUGUAGUCUUCCGUCUUCUUCACUAAAUGCUUAAUAAGGGUGUAGAUUAUUUGGCAUUUAUAGUUCAUAGAAAUGCAACAUCUUGAGAAUGUAGGGUUUAACGUAUUUCUGGACUGGGUUGAUCAUAUUUGGGAUACACCAAAGCACUUAUUUUCAAAUUGAAAAACAAAAACAUCUAUGUUAAUAAAGCUCUUCCCUCUGGGUAAGCUGAGUAUCUCUUUUUCUUAGAAUUUGUAAAUUGGCAUUGCAGUUGUACUUUUUCAUUUCAGGUCACUACAUUAACUAUUAGAGAGUUCAUUGUGAAUAUUUUUACAUUUUUGUAGGUUGUUCUUUUUUGUUUUUUUAACAUAGAAAAAUGCUUGUAAUUAUUAAUAUUUAAAAUUUGAGCAUCAAGUCAUGUGAUUACAAUCCAAGUGAAACAAUGAAAGAAAUAAAUAAUAAAGUGAAAAAAAUUGUUAAAGCAAUAAUGAGCCCUCAUUCUCUGUUUCUCUUCCGUUUAUUUGCAGAUGCUGUAGUUUCUUAUGUACAAGUGUGUGGGGAAGUGGGUCAGCCUGUCACCCUACCCUGCACGUACUCAGGAACGCUCCCGUCCAUGUGUUAGGGCCGAGGGAUUUGUCCUCUUUUGGGUGUACAGGUGAAAUUGUCUGACUGAUGAAUCCCAUGUCACCUUUAGAAGGACUACCAUUAUAAACUAACGAGUCCCUUUUGGGAAGGAAUGUAUCUUUGACUAUAGAGAAUGCAGUCAAGGAAGACAGUGGCCUGUUGUCAUAUCGAGCACUGGGGUUUGUUUAAUGAUCAGAAACACUCUAUCAUUGGAAAUUAAAGGAGAAGAACUCUUCCUACUACGAUCCUUCCUGGAAGCCAAUAUUCACAGCCUCUUAGGAAGAAUAACAACAGCUGAAUGAGUGACCUGCUAGGGGCAGAAGGAAGACCCUUGUCUUCUUUUUAUUUGAAAGGGCAGGAUUCCUUCUCACAGUGACAGCAAGAGGCUUCCCUUCUGGAGAAAUGACUGUCAAAUCCUUGGGAGCAGAGGUUGAGGCUGUGAGAUGAGACAGAAACAAGGCCUUGUCAUUGGAAUUGAAAGAAAACAGACAUUUGUGAGACUUUUAUUCAUGGUGUUGAUAUUCCAAAUCUAUCAUGAACUGUAUCACGUUUAUUUUUCCAUUUACAAUUAAUUUCAAGGAUUUGAACUAAAUAAGCGAAGAAACAAAAAUAGAAAAAUUAAUGAUUUUCCAGGGAACUUAAAUGACUUCUGAAGUUGAGAACAUAGAGAGGAGAAACAUAGAACUGGCAUUUUCAAGUGGCCUCCACACUAAAAAGAUGAGGACCAUCAUAAAAACAAAGGAAUGCAUACAUACUUAGUGAGGUUGAUGGCUACAUGUCUCCAAGAGAUAAAAUUCUUUUACAACUGUAGAAUUCUUAAAUGAAUAUGCCACUUAAUAGUGUAUUGCCUUAAAAGCCACAGAAAACAUAAAAAGCUAAACUCAGGUUAAAACAUAUUAAAAAAAUAUUGCUUAGCUAAAUAUUAGGUAUCUUUUAAAGAAGUCGAAGAAAUAUUUAAAAAAUAGGAGAGGUAAGUAACCUAUCAUCCUGGCAUGAAACCAUGUCCUUCUUAAAGCUACUUUUUCCACAAGCGAAAGUUUAAAUAUACUUUAAAUGUGGCAAACUGACUGAUCCAGUUCAGUAUGUUCUUACCCACUUGCUUUCUCACUGUCUACGUGACUCCACCACCCAUCUAUUAGUCUGUCAUACUAUGGUGACUUGCGUGUUGCUACGAUACUGGAAGCUAUGCCACCGGUAUUUCAGAUAUCUGCAGUGUCACUUAUGGUGGGCAGACUUCAGCAGAGCUUCCAGACUAAGACUGACUAGGAAGAAAAGUUUAAUGAUUUACUUAUAAAAAUUAGCCAGUGAAAACCCUAAGACAACAGAAUAUGGUCCUAUAGAGUGCUGGAAGAUGAGAACCUAGAUUGGAAGGAACCACACAAAGGCCACAACGAUGGGUUCAGAUAUCAACGACUGUGAAGAUGGUGCAGGAUCGGGCAACGUUUCAUUCUCUUGUACAUGGGGUUGUCAUGAGUCAGAGCUGACUCGAUGACAACUAACAGCAAUAUGAUUUGGCAUGCAGUUAGUGUCCCUUCUAGGUAGCUUACAAUGUUCCAAGUCUGUUCUCCAUAAUCUAUUUUAGUUACUCUUAGUUUGACAUAGGCAGUUCCAGAACAAAUGUAGAUUCUAUAGUUGAGUUCUGCAAGAAUUUUCUGAUCUCCAUGUAGAAAUGCUUGUGUAUAACAAAGUAAGCAGAACUUAGUCCUCGUUCUGAAUUCAUCCUCAAUCUUACUACUCUCUUUGCCUUUUCUUUUGGUCUAUUGUACAGGCUCUGAGAAUUAUCAACACUCUAGUUUCAGUUUCUCUUUUGAAUGGAGUCCCACACAUGGGACCAAAUAUAGGAGAUAACUAAUCAUUUCCAUUUAUCAGACCAUUUUAUUUUCAAAGUCUUGGUUCUCAAAGCCACUAGGAUUCCAGGUUAACAAAAGUGGCAUGUAAUUUUAAUAUCCUCACAAGGGACUUGUCAUAGCAUGAAAAACUCAUACUCUAAGUUGAAUUAAAAUUAAGAGGUUUAUUAAGGAUUAAAGGCAGUCUAAACCAGAGAUUGCCAUGGACCAUAAAAAUAAAGUUGCAAAGCUGGAGGCACAGCAAUUACAAAGAUAUUCUUACAGGGCUGAAACAAAGAAUGGGGGCUUCAAUAUUCUGAUUGGUUUAUAGUGAUUGAGGUCAGUCAAAGGUGGGACAAAGCAAAGCAUGACCUUUAACAUUACUGCUUACAUUAAUGCAGCGAAAUACAUUGAUUAGAAGACAUAAUUACAAAUGUUUUAGUCACUAGGAGGACGUCUCAUGACUUGUCACAAAACAAUGGUGUAACAAAGACAUGAUGGAUAGUGGCAGGAACAGGUUGGUAAAUGUUCCCUCACCCAGAGGAUAAACUCUCCAGAGUUCUAACACAAAGAAUUUUGAUAAGAUUUGGUUAGAGAUCCAGAGUCGUUACAACUUAGUCUUAGCAUUAUUAGUUCUACCAUUUUACCUUUAGGUAGAUACCUCUUUUGAUUUUACAUCCCAUAUCACGCUUAAGAUAUUAAAACUUUCCAAAAGAAAAAGAAAAAAGAAAAAAAAAAACAACAAGAAGGAGGAGAAAGAGAAGGGGGAGAAGAAUACAAAAAAGGAGGAGAGGAUGAGGAAGAGAGGACAAAGAAGCAGCAGGUAAACAAUCGUAGGUCAAGUGCAAUUGACGCCUGAGUAAAGAGACUUCAUAUUUACAUGUUAAUGAAGUUAAGGAAAACUCUAAAUCAGGAAUCUUCUUGCAAGACAAGCAGAUUUGAUAUAGCAAGAUAACAGAAAUGAAAGAAAUGUUAUUCUCAUAAAGAGUUAAUUAAAAAUAUUUUCUAGGCCAGUUAGGAAGAUCAGGUAUAGUCACAAAUUUACUUAGAUUAUUACACCAAACAUGAUAAAGACUUUUGAAUUUAGGGAAGUCAUUAAAAGAUCUGUCUUUUUAACCAGUCAAAAUAGUCCGUUUUCUCUUAACUGUGUUAAAAUUCAAAUUGAUGGUUAUUUAGAAAACAGCCAAAUGAAGAAGAUUAGAUUACUUCACAGAAUCUUCUAUGGUAUUCAAAACCAAAAUAGAUCUUCAACUUUGUUGUCAUUUUUGUUGCUAGGUGCCUUCGAGUAGAAUUUGACUCAUAGCAAUCCAACAUAAAACAGAAGGAAACCCUACCUGGUCAUGUGCCAUCCUCACAUUUGUUGCUGUGUUUGAGCUCAUUAUUGGACCUACUAUCUGAGUCCAUCUUUUUGAGGGUUGUCAUGGAUUGAAUUAUGUCCCCCCAAAAUUUGUGUAUCAAUUUGGGUAGGCCAUGAUUGUUUGCCAUUUUUUCAUCUGAUGUGAUUUUCCUAUGUGUUGUAUAUCCUAUCUUUAUGAUGUUGAAGAGAUGGGAUUAGCUGCAGUUAUGUUAAUGAGGCAGGACUCAUUGAGCCAAUCCCAAUCUCUCUUGAUAAAUAAAAGAAAGAAGAGAGCAGAGAAACAUGGGGAAUUCAUACCACCAAGAAAGCAGAGCUGGGAGCAGAGUACAUCCUUUAGACCCAGGGUUCCUGUGUGGAGAAUAUCCUAGACCAGGGAAAGAUUGAUGACAAGGACCUUCCUCCAGAACAGACAGAGAGAAAGCCUCCUCUUAGAGCUGGUGCUCUGAAUUUGGACUUCUAGCCUGCCAGACUGUGAGAGAAUAAAUUUCUUUUGUUAAAGCCAUCCACUUGUGGUAUUUCUGUUUUAGCAGCCCUAGAUGACGAACAGAAGAGUCAUUCUUUUUUUCAUUGACCCCCUGUUUUACCAAGCAUGAUGUUCUUUUCCAGGGACUGGUCACUCCUGAUAACAUGCCCAAAGUACGUGAGAUGAAGUCUAACCACCCUCUUUUCUAAGGAGCAUGCUAGAUGUACUUCUUCCAAGAUGGAUUUGUUCAUUUUUUUGGCAGCCCAUGGUAUAUUUAAUAUUCUCCACCAAUACCAUAAUUCAAAUGCACCAAUUCUUCAUCUGUUUAUCCCUUAUUCAUUGUCUAGGUUUCACACGUAUAUGAGGGGAUUGAAAAUACCAUGACUCGGGGCAGGCGAACCUUAGUUCUCAAAAUGACAUCUUUACUUUUUAAGAUUUUAAAGAGGUCUUUUGCAGCAGAGUUGCCCAGUGCAAUACGUCCUUUUAUUUUUUUGACUGCUGCUUCCAUGGGCAUUGAUUGUGGAUGUAAGUAAAAUGAAAUCCUUGACAAGUUUAAUAUUUUCUCAAUACAUCGAAGAGCUGGUCAUUAAAAAAUCAAGAAAACAACAACAAUCCAACAACUGUUAACAACAGUUGCCAAAACUCUCAUCUUUGAUGGGUCUGAGCUGGCUGCAGGCCCUGCCAUUAGUUUCAAUGAACUUGAGAAUCACCGCUUUUUGCCCUCAUUAGUUGACCCCUGAUGAGAUAAUUACAGUCCAGCCAAUGAAUUUACCUUAUCAGUGGCUGUGGAUUCAAAUUUAAUCUAUGCCAAUUUAUCAAAUUAUUAGGCCUUAAUUCAUUAUGACAAGGAGCAUCCCAAACUGCUUAAGCAAGUAUUUGACAGCAGAGGCAUUGAAGAGCAUACACUACCUCCACUUAUGUCUGGUGACUAUGUUUAUUGGAAGAGACACCGAUUUAAGAAUUCACUUGUGUCUCGCUGGAAGCGUGCAUACCUAGUUCUCCUAACUAAUCAGCGUGUUGCCAAAUUACAGGGAGUUAACGCAGGGGUUCAUUUAUCUCAUUUGAAAAUGAACACAACACCUGUUUGGACUAGUCAACCCACAGGAGAACUCAAAGUAAACUUCACUGAGCACUCGAACACAAAGUAGACAACUGCAAGGGUGGAUAAUAGCUUACCCCUGGCCACAGAACUAGAAUGUGCAAGCGGCUGAGACCUUUAGACUCUGUGUUAUAUUGCUAUCCUUCUAGCUUUAGCUAUUCUGUAUUUGUUUUACACUUUAAGAAUUCUUUACAUUUAUGUAAACUUUGGGGAUUUUUGGACUUAGUUUAAUAAUCAUAAACCCAUUGAACCAAACCCAUUGCCACUAAGUCAAUUCUGACUCAUAGCUACUCUAUAGGACAGUAGAAUUGCCCCCUGCCCCCUAAGGUUUCCAAGGAGCAGCUGGUGAAUUUGAACUGCUGACCUUUCAGUUAGCAGCCGAACUCUUAAGCCACUGCACCGCAAGGGCUUUAACAAUCAUAGGCACAGUUAUUUUCUUCUGAUAUUGUGGUAUUAUUCCUUUUUGGUAUUUGUGCUCUAAUCAUGAUUCCUGUUGUUGUUGUUGUUAGGUGCCGCCAAGUUGGUUCCAACUCAUAAUGACCCUAUGUACAACAAAAUCAUGAUUCCUACUACUGUUUUAAUCACUUUAUUGUCUCCUUUUUUCUAUUGCUUGGAAAGAAAAUGCUUUUAUCAAAUUAACUCAAUCAUUAUCCGGCAUUAGCAAUUUAACCAAAUGCUGGAUAUGUCACUCUUCCCCUAGGCCUACACGAGAUUGUACUGAUCCUCUUGCUGUACCAGUAUUAGAUUAUAAAUCCACACCUAACUUUACAAUUAAUUUUUAAAAAUAUUUAAAUGGGCUAUUCUUGCUAAAUUAUGGCUACCCCCAGAACUACCCACUUAUCCAUCAUCGCCCUGUUUCAAUCUUACCCAUGCAUCAAUGUUGUUGUUGUUAGCUGCCAGCAAAUCAGUUCCAAGUCACAGCAACCCCAUAUGACAGAGUAGCACUACCCCACAGGGUUUCCAAGGAGUUGUUGGGAUUUUAACUGCCAGCCUUUGGGUUAGCAGCCUAGCUCCUAACCAUUGGGCAACCAGGGCUGCAUCAUGGAUUGAUAGAAUGUUCUAUUCUGUAUACAUCAUGCGAUUUUUUUUAAAUGAUGCUCAAUGUUAUUCUGUAGUAGCAGAUAACAGUUUUAGAAAUAACCUAAACCUGUCAGUUUGUACCCACCUCUGGGAACCCCUAGAAUUCGGAGAAUUAUUCAUUUAUGAUGAUUCAUUAACUGCGAACUGGCUUCAAAGGGUCAAUCAAUCCAUCUCAUUGCCCAGUAUUCAAAUCAGGGCAGGUAUGUUGUGCAUCCCAACUGGACAUCUCUUUUUAUGUGAAGGAUCAGCUUAAUUUAAGGAAAAAGUCUGAUGAUUCUUCCUAUACUUGGGUUUUGCCAUGUUUAGAUGACAGGCCAAUGUAUCCUAGGAGCCCUAGGAAUUAUCAUGAAUAAUCACUCAUACAAUGACAGCUUACUGUGGAACAAUGACUUGAAAUUAAUAUACAUACAGAAGACGGAACUUGUCAUUUCAGACAAUGCCAUAGCUGAUUAUCCAGGAUGAGGAUGUUUCUUCUUACUACUACUGUGCCAUGGUUUGGGAUUGGGAAAUUAGAGCAGUUGAUUCACAAUCUAUCUGCCACUAAGGCUGAAACUGCUGAUGAUGUGGUCAAUGGAAUGGCCACACAACAAAAAAUCUUUAGAAUCCUUGAUAAAAGUAGCAUUGAACAAUAUAAUAACCCUGGAUUUCCUCUUAGCCCAGAAAGGGUGAGGUGGUUUGCACCUUUGCUAAUAUCCCCUGUUGUUCUUGGAUUAACACCAGUGGAUUAGUUGAACAGGAUAUUACUAAGAUUCAUCAAAAAGCUGCAUGGUUACAUUCUAUACCCCUAGGAUUUUACCAUCCUUUUUUGAUAUCUUCAGUCAGCAACCUAGUAGUGCAUAUUUUUGUUAUGGUCUCUGUUGUAGAACAGAUUAGUUAUAUUAAUAAUAAUAAUCCUUAUUAUUGGAUUUAUAAAAUGUAUUAUAAGUUGUGCAUCUACCAUAGCAACUGAUAACCCCAUCUCAUCUCAAGCUCAAUGAAUUAUGUAUAUUAACCCUGCAUUUGGGAACCUAAAAUUACAGAAGGCUCGUGACUUAGAGUAAUCCUUUAAAGGUACAACAGGUUGUUCCUCCAAUGUAGCCAUACCCUAUCCAUUCCCCAUACUGAGAUCCCUGAAGAGAGAUGCUUAGCCAUAGCAUGGUAGUCAUACCGUAGCUAUUUGGAAGCCAAGGUAAUGGUAGUCCUCAACAAUGAGGAAAAAGAGGGUUUAACAAAAAAAUAAGAAAACCAUAAACUACAAAGGUUGAGCCACCACCUGGGAGCAGCGUAUUGACAAAUGCAUGCAGAAGAGAGCAUGCCAAUAAGUCUGAUCAAAGGAUGUUCUUAGAAAUCCUGGAUCAAGAGGAGGAAAUGACAUGGGAUAUAAAAUCAAAAGAUGCAUCUGACCUAAAGUAAAAUGCCUGAAUGAAUGUUAAGGUCCGGUGUAAUCUUUCACACAGAUUCAAAUACCAUUGCUUAGGAAUCCACUCUAUCAUUAAGGAAAUGAUUAUCUUUGUGGUCAGGCUAAGGAUGCGGUUAUUACGUGUCUUGGGGUCUGUAGUUGAAACAUUAUCAAAACUUUUUGUUUCAGACUUCCCCAGGAAAUCUUUGCUCUCUGGGCCAGGUAAUGUUUAACCACCUGUUCCCAAUAAUAUCCAUUCUUCCUUUAUUUUGUGAUAGGUCAUGAGACCCCCGCCAUCACCACAUAUCUGAGAAUUAUGUCUUUAAGCCAAUCAAUGUAUUCCAGAUGUAUUAAUGUAAUGAAAAAUUUUAAAAAUCACACUUUGCUUUGUCCCACCUUGGACUAAUGUCAAUCACUGUAAAUCAAUCAGAAUGCUGUGCUUCAUAGUUUCUCCUAAGGCAUUAUAACUAUGUGUAACUUGCACCCCCUCCAUUGGAUCCAUGAGUUUCAGCCUCUAAGGUUUCACAAUAUCCACUCAAAUGAUAUUUUGGCUUCAAUAAAUCUUCUUGACUUUACUUUAAUGGAGUUGAAGAGUCUUUUCUUUAUAACACAUUACAGGCUUCUAACUGAUGCUUUCAUUAGGCAUGAAUGUUAUCAUUAAGCAUGAAUGUUAUUUAGCAAAAUGAAAUCUAUUAGUGUGAAAUAGUCAUUAUAUUUCAUUUCUUUCAGUCAAUAUUAAGUGUUUUCUGAACAUCAUGAUUUCAGUGAAAAGCUAAAAGCUAGUAGGAAAUGAAAAUCAACCAGACAAAUAACCCUCUUACGUGUCAUAAAAAAAAAAAAAAAGGUGGUCAUUAGGUGUCUUUUG